AUGAGCGCGGACGGGCAGCCCUCCUCCGAGGCGGCGCUGCUAAUCACGGUCUCCGACCCGGAGAAGCACGGAACCUCAAUCACCGCCGCGUUCGUCGACUACAAGCUCUCCACAGUGACGCAGCUCUCGCGGUACGCGGCGAAAGAGUUCUUCGUCCGGCGGCGCUAUCGCGACUUCGUGUGGCUGCGCGACCGGCUGUGCCACGCCUUCCCUGGCUGCGUCGUGCCGCCGCUCCCCACCGUGGACUCGCCGCUCAAGGACGACCGCUUCUCGCCAAACUUCAUCGAGCGGAGGCAGGCCGGGCUGCAGCUGUUCCUGAGGCGCGUGGCGGGGCACGAGCGGCUGCGGGAGUCCUCCGACCUGCAGACCUUCCUGGAGGCCAAGGAGAGCCUCAAGAGUGUGCAGUCGCUGAUGGCGCACAAGGUGCCUGACGAGGAGGCGAUCGAGCGCGUCCGCGCCUUCGCCGCCAACUACGCGACGAUUGCCUCUGCGAGCGCGUCAAAGCAGCACGCAGCAGUGCGCACGCAGGCCGACAUGGCCUCCGACCUGCGGCAGCUCGCGCCCGCCCUCGACAUGCUCUCUCAGUCCGAGACGGAGCUGUCACUGCCUCUGACGCACAUGGCACGCCCCCUCCGCGGGGCGGCGGCGGCGCUCGAUCGAGUCAAGGAGCUGCACCUGGCGAGAGUGCAGGCGCGCAGGGGCGAGGGCCGGGGGCGCGGGCGCCGGUCGGUCGCGGACGGUGCCAAGUCGAUUGCGGACGGCGUCAAGGCGGCGUACGAGGACGAUUCGUUUGUCCCGGAAGGCUUCGUGCGCGCGCGUCACAUCCUCUUCCUCGCGAGCGAAGGCGACUGCGAGGCAAAGGCGGCGGCGCUCACCGCUCGUAUCGAGCGCGGCGAGAUCGACUUCGACGAUGCGGCGCUGCGCUUCUCUGCGUGCCCGACGCGCGACCUGCACGGGGCGCUCGGGACCUUUGCGUCACUGAGCCGGCUGCGCGAAGGCACUCUGAGCGGCGACUCCAUGCCGUACGACGGCAAGGACACGGCCGCCUUUGACAGGCUCGUCCAGACCGCCGAGGUGGGGCGGCUCUGCACCGUGGCGAGCCAGUGGGGGACGCACAUCGUGCUGGUCGAGGCGCGCGGGGGAGAGGGCGGCGGCGAGGGCGGCGGCGGCGAGGGUGAAGCGCAGAAAGUCGAAGCUUCAGCCUCCACAGGCACCGGGUUUGGCGGUUCUGCUGCUGUGACGAGCCGCGCUGGUAAGGCCAAGGGGAGGAGAGGAGGCAGUCGGCGUAGGUGAAGACGGUCGCACAGUGACCUCAAGCAGGGCCAUAGUAUAGCUCCCUGCAAGUACAGCAUAGCCAUAGGCUGUCCAUAGGAUUCAAUCCGGCUUGUGUGUGGUGUCUCCGUUUGCCGUACUACCAGUACUGCUGUUUUUACGGUAAG